GCAAACUCAGCAGUCGACUUGGUCGAUGCAGAUUCGCGUAGCGCCUUCGCCAACUUCUUCUGAAUUGUCACAAUUGCGUUGGCGGCUUCACAAUAGUCAUUCAGAAUGUUGACAAUGGCCUCGAUGGACUUGCAUGACUUGUGAAUAUCUGCUCGUUCCACUAUCGCGACGCCCGACAUGAAGAGAGAAGGUAAACAAGCGCAGUCGAGCUACUAGGCAGUACUGUCAAGGUGUGUGAGGUACACCGACUAGCCGAAUAUGGGCAGAUUGGGACUUGUUGUGAUGUCGGUACAUUUCAUUCUUUCUCAUUCCUAUGUCUCAAUUCUUCGGUGCGGUUCAGUACUUGAUCACAUAUAGGUUCCUCAGCUCGGAUGCGAAGACGAGAGAAAAUCAUUGAGUACCGAUCAAGUAGGCUGCCGCGGAAAAUCUCUGUCUGGCCGAUCAAGUCCGCACUGCCAGACGGAAAGAUCGAUUAGGAUCGUUUCUCCCUUUGAACCAAAUGCACCAUUGACAUUAUGAAUGAACGGCGUUGCCACUGUCAAUGUGCCAAUCGCUGUCUGUCACAACGUACUAGUAUUCGAAGGUCGCUAACGUUCCUGAACCAGUGCACAGGCACAUCAGAACAGGCAGUGCAGGCAGUGUGGAUGUCCUAGGUAGACUUAUAAUGCUAAUCGCCCUGUUUUUCUGAUUCAGUAUGUAUCAUGAGACCUUCCUUCGAGAUCUACGCCAACGAACUCUUUCAAAGAGGCCAUGGUCAUCCGUUGUGGCAGCCACCGCCCUCAGUCCAAAGAGGCCAAGUUCUCAUCGGCGACGUUGGCUUCAUUGACGAAGGAUCUUGGAUUCGACUUUUCAAUGCCAUCCCGGGGAAUCAAGCUGUCAACACUAAUGGCGUUCCCAAAGGAUUCCAGCCUUUGAUACUCGAAGAUGAGCAUAUUGAACGAUUGGAACACUUCCUCAACCCUCAGGUUUUAUGCAGCAAUACAAUCAGAGAAUUUCGUGUCGAAGGACAUGCGUCCUCUACUGCCGCACCUCUAGACGUGGUAUGUGGAUAUACGUGUACGAACACGUCUGGUGCUUUACUAUCUAUACGCGACACGCCAGUUUCUGAGAAAGUCGUACGCUGUUCCACAAUUGUCGAGUAUAUACGCCAGCAUCAUGCCAGUUGGUAUCAAUUCGCUCGGCAGCGGAAAUACAAUGUGGAUAAGGAAGAGAUUGUCAUAGUCCAUGGUUGGGUCAAAACACGAAGCUGGACUGCAGCAGCCUUUAGAGGAGAAGGCGCUUCGCUUGAAUUGAAGAUCAGUACGAAGCAAAUUCCCCAUGUCAAUCUUGCCUUGGAUGUCAUGUCCUCGCGUACUAUCUCGCAAACUCCAGAGCAUCGGUCGGGUCGUACCGUUGGGUACUCUGAGGGGGAGAUGGCUGAUGCUUCUGAACCACUUCCGGACCAAUGUGUUUUCCUUCGAUACCACAAAAUCAAGUACAGGCUUGGCAUCUUUCCUGGCAUGAAGAUAGCAGGGAACGCAGAACCCCGUGACCAUUUUGAUAUGCACGAUGGCCCAGAUAAUGGGGUUGGAGAAGUGGUCUCAUCUUACGACGUAGAGAUUGUUCCUGGACAAACCAAGUCUCGCACGCUUAUCGACGAUGUCUUGGAGUACUUGCUCGAGCAUUCCGACGCAGACAUCGCAGUCUCGAAUGACGAGGAUGUUCAAUGGCUCCGCGAGGUCUACAAUUUCGGAGAUGGUGCUCGAGGAAUACUGCAAGAAAUUUGUCCUCUUCUCGAGAUCACUACAUCUGGCGCUGCGGUUUUGACCCGCAAGCCGAAGACGAUCACCGCUCGUGACGACUCGAACAUAUCCUUCGUGGAUCACUCCUCUCAAUCAGUGCAGGCGCAACUAGAUUCACUUGAAGAAAGGCUGGAGGCCGAAUCCUGUCCUCCUCUCGAUCCUGCGUUUGUGACGGCCUUCUCGGCCGAGUAUAAUUCAAGGACUCAAGCAAAUACCUCAACAGAUGCGGAACGUACCGUUAACAUCGUAUCAUCCGAGCUUGCCACGCCAGCAGAGGAUGAUACCGAUGCCUUUUCGGGUCUAUUCUCCAAUACAGACCCUAGUCUGACAAGUUCAACCACGGGCACCAUGUUUGAGACUCCCGUCGACUAUAGUCUACUAAAACCUUGGCAUAUGGGCUCCUAUUCCGACUAUGCAGUUGCACCAUACUCUCCUCCGGAUAGUGUGAUAGGUAACGCUCUAGGCCCAGCCCUUCCUCUUUCCUUACAAAUUCCAGCUACUGCCUCACAAAGCCCAGCUCCAUUUCUAUCACCAAUUUCAGCUCGCCUUCCCUCGCAGCUUCGAGCUCAGCUUCCCUCACCAAUUCUAGCUCGCAGUGUGUUAGAGAUUGCGAGGCAAUUUCCUCAUGCAGACCUUCUCAUCCCCCAAGCAGUCUAUCGCCCAAACACUCAGAGCGACCGACGGCGGUAUGUGGAAGAAGUACAACUUGAAGACGCCAUCAUGUUCUACGUGUCGGACCCCGAUCAAUGUGGCAUCUCUUGUCGUGAUGCUCUCGACAGCAAGUUCAUACGCUUGCAAAAUCGCGAUGAUCAGAUGUUCACCAAUAGAGGACCUAGCGUCGCUAUUCGGCUUAUGUGGCCUGGUUAUGCUCCCUGGAGUCGGCAAAUUCCUACUCGGGACUUCCGCAAUCCUCCAGGACCUAUCACUCGUGCCAAGCUGGCGAAGAAUGUUGCAAAGACAAUACAACGAUUCAUCGAUGACAUGGCUGACAGGCCUAUGGAGGAUGAGGCCGAUGUCCGUUGGCGUGUUGGUCCUGGACAUAUCACUAUCGAUAGGCUGGAUCUUGUUGGACUUCAGCACGUUUCUGCCGGGAGCUGGCAGGCUCAUGUCCGUUUACGGAUGUAGAGCAUGCCAUUGUCGUCCACGAUCGGUCAUCUGUAAUAACACCGCCCGAGCUUUCGCAUAUCAGGAAUCUAUAAGCCUCCCUUUACUAGUCCCGCAAUCCGACAUUCUGUAUUUGCUUCAUCUUGAUACUCUGACCUGUCGACCAGUGAGUGCUUGUAAUAUUGGACUAACACUCUUGUCUGUGAAGGAAGUAGUGUUUCUAUGGCCGCAUCCGCAACACGAUUCUGAUGAAAUCUCUGAGAUGUUACUCUGAAUCGAUACCGCAUGUAACUGCGCACUAAAUGUCGGACGCUAAUUAGUGAUAGAUGCGCAACGUUGUGCCGAACUCGAUGUGAUCUACAUUUCACACACCCGGCCUGCGUAAUAUUAAU